AUGGCCGAAGAUGAUGCGCGCCCGUUAUCAGCCAAGGAAAGCGCCCUUGGGAAAAUUGUCUACGAGAUUCGCAACAACCCUAGACGCAUUUCUCCAAAGCUAGGAAUUAAAUGUAACCUUCCUUCCUUACAGCCGCGCAAGCCAGACUGGAACUUCGAACAUGAAUUUCGCCUUGUGACCCCGAAGACAAACAUUGUAGAUGUUUGA